UCUGCAGUAAAUCCACCGGCUCCCGUCCGACUGCUGCACACUGCAGUCUCCAUCAUCUGCUCCGCCCAGAGCUUCCCUGGCAGGUGGAAAGCACACACAAGGGGCCGCAAAAAUGGUUUUCAUCUCAGUCUUUGCUGUUUUAGCCCUUGUGGCUUCAUCUGAAGGCAGUGUUGGACCGAGUACCAACAACAGCUUCUGCACAGAGUCCAAAGAGUGUCUGGAAUAUGAACUGGUCUGCAAGACAGAUGAGUAUGAAGUACGACACUACAGCCCGACUCGCUGGGUGUCAACAGAUGCUGAAGCCUAUUUUAUGGGUGUAGGUGCAGCCAUGGCUUUCAGGAGACUUUUCCAGUACAUCACCGGAGCCAACGAAGGAGGUUUUCAGAUGGAUAUGACUGCACCUGUGCUGGUUAAGAUUCCAGAGGAAACCAAGAUGUGGGAGCCAGCUAUCUACACUCUAAACUUCCCACUACCUGCAGCCUAUCAGGACAAACCUCCCAGCCCCACCAAUGACAAGCUGUAUUUCACUGAGAUGCCAGAGAUGGAUGUGUAUGUGCGGAGUUACGGAGGCUGGAUGCUGUCAGUCACCUCCAGGCUUCAUGCUCACCUGCUGACUAAAGAGCUGGAGAGAGUGCGAGCUUCUUACAACCACAGUUACCACUAUGGAGUCGGCUAUGACAGUCCCUUGAAGCUGUUAAACAGGCACAAUGAGGUGUGGUAUGUAUCCGAAGGGGAGCCAGUUUGCACCGACCCACAGGAACCAACUCCUGCACACACGCCCCGGCCCACUCCAACUGGUUUAUCCACAGACUCUCAGUCUAACCCUCUCCCAGACACACUCUCUGAUUUGCCUUCUCUCCCUGACACACGCUCUGAUUCGCCUUCUCUCCCAGACACACUCUCUGAUUCGCCUUCUCUCCCAGACACACUCUCUGAUUCGCUAUCACUCACUCCUUCUAAUGUGUCCUCAAAUACAACAUUCAACUCUUCACAGCUGCCUUCUGCUGCACCGUCUGUUCCUCCAUCUAAAGCUCCAGUCAGUCUUCCAUCCGACCUGCCCGCUGAGGUCACCUUCAGCCAGCCUCCCCCUUCUGCCCAGAGUUCACUUGACCCAACAACCAACUCCUCCGAUCCUCUUUCUGUGAGCCCGUCGCUGGAGCCACAGGCUGAUGCUGGUGUGUGGAACAUCACAGCCCACAGCUCUGUAGACACACGAGCUGAGCAUAACGUUGAGGCUGAUUCAGAUGACACCCAAUAGCGACCACUCAUCAACAUGGAGUCUGAAUAGCAAACAAACACUGGAGGUGUCAUGGAUGGUGUUUGAUAGGUGCACAUAUUGUUCUCUUUGUCUUUAAUCUCUAUUUCCAUGUGUCACUCCAACUCCUCUUUAUGGCACUGAAUAUUCCAUAUGUUCUAUUACAGCUUCCUGUAUCACCAAACAUACACCCCUCCACUUUGUCGCUCUGAGGUUACAAAAUAGCUGCAUCAUAAAAGCUAAGUGAGCAGUAUGUGUUAGUUUAAAACUUAAUAUUCAAAAGUAUUAUGCUGAUUAUUGAAGCAAGCACUGCAGAAAGGAACACACGUUUUUAACAGCAGUUAAAGCCAAAAAUUGGUAGAAAGUUAUCUGAGUGUAAUUGAUAAAUAUAAUGCUGGGACUAAUCACAGUAGGCUAUAAUAUUAGUAGUGAGCUAUCUUGGUGUGGAGUUUGACACUGUAAUUAGUUACUGAUGGUACUUUCUGUCAAGCUCUAACUUCCUUUAAGCUUUAUCAGUUCUUGUAGCAACAUGUUGGUGAAUCAUCAAGUUCAGCGUGCGUGUUCUGUGGGAUUUUGGUUGCGAUAUUAAAUAUUCUUACUAAUAUCGAUCAUUUAUAACUGACUUUGGAUCUAACUUUUUUUUUGUUGCUCACUUAGUCUCAGUAUCUGUGUUUCAAAGUGUCUGCUAAACACUGGCUGUAGUACCAAUCAUAAGGUUUGGACACAUUUUCCUAUUAAAUGUACUGGGAAAGUGUGUAAAACGUUUGACUGGUAGGGUAUGUUGUGCUAAAUGUACCUUAAAAUAAAAACUUGAGGCAUUUUAGUGAAUCUUUUUAAUGCAUUGAAAUAAAAAUUAAUUAUGACACUAGGGGUGUUGAUAACACACUGUAAAAAAGGAACAGCUUAUUAUUCAAUCUUAUUUCAACUACAAUAAAUAAAAUGCAUAAAUAAUCUUUCUUUUAGAAAUGAUAAUAACAAGACACAAGUAAUGCAGCUUUCCAGCUUUCAUCUUCUUGAGUAUGGGCUCAAAUCUUUCAUGAUUCAAAACCGUACGCCGACAUUGUACGCUCAUUAAAAUGCAUUGUCCCAUUCAAAUAAACGAUUAAAUAAAAUCAAUUUUUUUUAUCUAAAAAUAUUUUCCCCUCUAAACUUCUCAAGUCAGUGUUACUUUACAGAAGCUGGUUGAAGUUUUGACCAGCAGAGGUGGUGUAGAAUAAUGCAUUGAGCAGUUUUGUAUCUGCUUUGUUUUUUGUUUUGUUUUUUAAGUUUAAGGAUACAAAUUCUUGAUAAAAUGUCAAAGGAAACAAAAGUUUCAUUCUACAAAUAUGACAAGUAAUGUUCAGCGUAGUGCAUGCACAGAAAAUAAAGCCCUAGCUUCACUCUGUCCCAUGUGAAAUAUGGCUAAUACUUUUUGGCGUAUUUCUGAAAUAAAUCAGUCCAAAAUGUUUCUUAAGCUAAAUUUUUAGAUUAGCACUGGCUUACUCUGCAAAUUAUGUGUUCAUAGUAGUAGGGCUGCAGCAAAAAUCCCAAAGAAUCACGUCUGAUUAAACCGAUGCAAUAACAGCUACAUGUGUCAACCAUCUCUCCAAUGCGUCUUCACAGAGCUGCAUACUGAAUGUUCUGAGAGAAGUGCAAUAAAAAAUAUAUAAAAAUA